CCGGAAACACACACUAUUCACCAAGAUGGCGACGCUGACAGUGACACGGCCACCUUUCGGAGGUUUCAGUUUCGAAAAUUGCAAGAGAAAUGCAGUUUUGGAUCAGGAUGCUAACAAAUUGGGAUUCAGUAUGCCGGCUGCUCGAAAAACAGGAACUACCAUCUGUGGUGUUGUCUUCAAGGAUGGUGUUGUCCUGGGAGCUGACACCAGAGCCACUGAGGGCAUGGUAGUGGCAGACAAGAACUGCUCCAAGAUCCACUACAUCUCCCCCAACAUUUACUGCUGUGGGGCUGGAACAGCUGCAGACACAGAGAUGACCACUCAGAUCAUCUCUUCCAACCUGGAACUGCACUCACUCUCAACAGGCAGGUUGCCACGUGUGGCCACCGCCAACCGCAUGCUUAAACAAAUGCUCUUCAGAUAUCAGGGCUACAUCGGUGCCGCGCUGGUUCUGGGUGGAGUAGAUUGUAACGGUCCUCACCUGUACAGCAUCUACCCUCACGGCUCCACUGACAAGCUGCCCUACGUCACCAUGGGGUCUGGGUCCCUGGCUGCCAUGGCAGUGUUUGAGGAUCGCUACAAGCCUGACAUGGAGGAGGAGGAUGCCAAGCAGCUGGUCCGUGAUGGUAUCGCUGCAGGGAUCUUUAAUGACCUGGGCUCUGGCAGCAACAUUGACCUGUGUGUUAUCACCAAGGGAAAGGUGGACUACAUUAGGCCCCAUGAUGAGGCCAACAAGAAGGGUGUCAGAACUGGAGACUACAAGUACAAAAGAGGAACCACCAGUGUGUUGUCGAAGGUUGUAACUACGCUGGACCUGGAGCUGGUGGAGGAGUCUGUACAGACUAUGGAUACCUCCUAAAUACUUCUGUAGUGUGUUUACUGAUGUGACUCUAUCCUAAGAAUUCCUGACACAAAUGGCAUGUUUUUCCAUGGUUUACAAUAAAAGUGUUUGAGUUAAUUCAUUUA